UGGGUCAGCCCUGAUCUUUGUUGCAGUGAGCUCGGUGUGCAGAUUCAGGUCUCGUUGGCUGUGUGAUGGAUCAUUGGAGAGGAGGGGGGGAUGCAGCUGCAGGGGUUAAUCCGACAUCAGGAGGAGGAUGACAUGAUACAUUGUAUCAUACAGGCUCCUAAAGUAUCCUCUGAAGAUGGUGUUUGCUCAUGGAAUGGAUGCACGGAGAUCUCAUCCCAUCCUGCCCACGGUACUCUAUCUGAUGCCAAAUAACAGUGUAACCACUUGCCCCAUGUCAGCUGGAGAGCCAUGGAUUCCUGGCAUUUUUAAAGAUGGCACUACAGGAAAGAGGAACAGUACGGUGCCAGGCCAGUUGCUCCUUCCUGGUGAAAUAGCUGCAGCUGGUCUAGUUUUUGGCCUUAUAUGGAUCUUGUCAGUGUUUGGCAAUGCCUUGGUGUGUCUCGUCAUCCAUCGAAGUCGCCGGACUCAAUCAACGACAAACUAUUUUGUUGUCUCUCUAGCAUGUGCGGACUUACUUCUCAGCCUGGGUAGUGCCCCAUUUACAUUGAUACAAGUCACCUCUGGCCGGUGGGCAUUGGGCAGUGCCAUGUGCAAACUGGCACGUUAUUUUCACUACCUGACCCCUGGAGUCCAGGUUUAUGUUCUCCUGUCCAUCUGUCUUGACCGUUUCUACACCAUCCUGUAUCCAUUAAGCUUCAAAGUCUCAAGGGAAAAAGCCAAAAGGAUGAUAGUGGCGUCGUGGAUUUUUGAUGCCGCCUUUGUCUUACCAGCUUUCUUCUUUUAUGACAGCGUGGACGGACACUGCAACUUUUUCCCUCCCCCAUCCUGGGACGGGGCAGUUUACGGAGUGGCCCACCUCUUAGUGGGCUUCCUUGUGCCAUCUGCCCUAAUAAUUCUCUUUUACCAAAAGGUGGUUAAAUACAUUUGGCGCAUCGGCACAGACCGGCUCAGUGUCAGACGGACCAUGAACAUUGUGCCCAGGACCAAAGUCAAAACCAUCAAAAUGUUCCUCAUGCUCAACACCAUCUUCUUGGUGUCCUGGCUGCCGUUUUAUGUUGUGCAGCUGUGGCACCCAGAUGAGAAUGACAGGCGGCAGUGCUGCCUGGCGUACUUGGCGGUCUCCUGGCUCUCUUUUGGUUCCUCGGCCGCCAAGCCAACAUUGUACUCUGUAUACAACGCCAACUUUCGGCGAGGCAUGAAAGAGACUUUUUGCAUGUCUUCCAUGAAGUGUUAUCGGAGCAAUGCCUACACUAUCACCACCUGCUCCCGCAUGGCUAAAAGGAAUUAUGUUGGCAUCUGCGAAAUGCCCAUCCCAGGCAAAACCACCAUAAAGGAAUCGGUGUACGACUCUUUUGACCGCGAAGCCAAGGAGAAAAAACUGGCCUGGCCCAUCGACUCCAAUCCUCCAAAUACUUUUGUGUGAUUUGGAUGCUGAACAAAAUUAAAAAAAACGUAAACCACCGAUCUGUAGUUUAUCGGACACUCCACCAAUACAUGGUAAAAGCGUCUGCCUAACGAAAGGAGUUUGUUUUAGAGACUCAAGAAUGUUGUCACUCCUGUUUAUUUGGAAACGCACCGACUUUCAUGACGUG